AUGUCUGCAAAAAAUGUAAAGGGACCUGGCGGCAAGCAGCCUGCGUCCGCGGCGACCAACCUCAUCGCUGGCGGUGGGGCAGGUAUGAUGGAAGCGCUCGUGUGCCAUCCCCUGGAUACGAUCAAAGUCCGCAUGCAGCUCUCCCGGAGAGCACGAAUGCCAGGCGCCAAACGCCGCGGCUUCCUAACCACGGGCAUCGAGAUCGUCAAGCGCGAGACGCCCCUCGGCCUCUACAAAGGCCUGGGCGCGGUGAUGACCGGCAUCGUGCCCAAAAUGGCGAUCCGCUUCACAUCCUACGAGUGGUACAAACAAGCCUUGGCAGCCCGGUCCGGCGAGAUAACCGGCAAAGCCAACUUCCUCGCCGGACUCGCGGCCGGUGUCACCGAAGCCGUGGCCGUGGUGACGCCCAUGGAGGUCGUGAAGAUCAGGCUGCAGGCCCAGCACCACAGCAUGGCGGACCCGCUCGAUGUUCCAAAGUACAGGAAUGCCGCGCACGCGCUGUACACCGUGGUGAAAGAAGAAGGCGUCGGCGCGCUGUACCGCGGCGUCAGUCUGACGGCCCUGCGCCAGGGCAGCAACCAGGCCGUCAACUUCACCGCGUACACGGAGUUCCGGGCCUGGCUGCAGGACUACCAGGGUAAGUCGGACCUGCCGGGCUACCAGACCAUGUUCAUCGGGCUGGUCUCCGGCGCCAUGGGCCCGCUCAGUAACGCGCCCAUCGACACGAUCAAGACGCGCUUGCAGAAGACGCCGGCGGAGCCGGGCCAGACGGCUAUUGGACGCAUAGUGACGAUCAGCAGAGACAUGUGGAAGCAGGAGGGGAGUAGGAGCUUCUAUAAGGGAAUCACGCCAAGAAUCAUGAGGGUCGCGCCGGGUCAGGCGGUCACGUUCACGGUGUACGAAUACCUGAAGACGAUUCUGGAGAAAGGCAGGGAGAUGUUGCCCGGUGGGCAGUAUGAGGAGUAG